AUGAAGGAUCGUGUGACACGCUCUGUUGCGCUCGCCGCCCUUAUUCUUUUGGGCGUGUAUCUCUUCCCGCGCAAAAUGGGCGACGAGGUGUUUGCCGCGCUAGCGGUUGUGCAGCCGGACCCCAAUUACGCUCCAUCCUUUGAGCCUCCGGCCUUUUCGCGCCCAGACUACACCAUGCGGGCUCUGGGUCGCGGCCCCUCGCUCCACCCAGAUUCGAAACUUCACGCCAAGGGCUCUCGCGCCAUGGUCAGUUGCGACGUUCCUCUCUGUGCAACAAUGGGAAAACGGAUUUUGCUUGCUGGCGGCAAUGCUGCUGAUGCUGCUGUCACGGUGGCGCUUUGUAUUGGCAGCGUGAACCUGCACUCGUCUGGAAUUGGCGGCGGCGGGUUUAUAGUCAGUUCCCGUGGCAACGAAUCCAUUACCAUCGACGCGCGCGAAAUGGCGCCCGCGCGCGCCCACAAGCACAUGUACGACGGGGCGCCCCUUCGCGCGCAGUUUGGCGGCCUCGCGGUGGCAGUGCCGGGCGAGCUUGCUGGGCUUGAAAAACUUCACGCCCUUCAUGGGUCAGGGAACUUGACGUGGGAACAGUUGUUUGAGCCUGUGGUGGAGUUGAAUCGCCGUGGCUGGCAAGCGUCGGACGUUUGGGUUAAUGCGGCCCGUACCUUGCACACGCUCGUGCUUUCUCCAGCACCCGAGUUGGGCUACAACUGGGACUUCAUCUAUAAACCGCAUUCGCGCCGCGUGGUGGAUGUGGGCGACAUUGUUACACGCCCCAACUACGCGAAUACGCUUGAGGCCAUUGCGCGCAACGGGUCGUCGGCGCUUUUCUACGACCCAGAAGGACCCAUUGCUCCGCUCUUGGCUGCGCGCGCGCGACUGCUGGGCGGUAUUUUGGAAGCCAAAGACUUUGCGCAGUAUGCUGUGAACGUAUCGCCUGCGCUUCGUUUUGACUUUGCUCACAAUGGUUCCCAGUACAAUGUGGCCACCGCCGGAGGUGUCUCGUCAGGUUUGGCGCUCAUUGCGGGCCUCAAUUUCUAUCUGGCGCUAGAGGAAAAUGGAACCACAUCCGAUGCGGUGUUGCAAACGCACCGCUUGGUAGAAGCCAUGAAAUGGACUGCCUCUGCCCGCUCGCACUUGGGCGACGUCAACAGCACUUACUGGGCGGGAUCGGUGGCGCGGUACACUUCACGGGAAUGGGCGCGCGACUUGAUUCUCACAGAACAGUACGCUGACAACCGCACCUUUGCAUGGCCACAUUACAAGCCAUUGUACGAAUUGACCGAGCCGCGCGGAACAUCGCACUUUUCUGUGGUGGAUGAGAAUGGCGGUGCUGUUGGCAUGACUACCACUGUCAACUUGCUUUUUGGCUCGCUGGUCUACGAGUCCACCACAGGCAUUGUUCUCAAUGACGAAAUGGACGACUUCUCGUUGCCCAACACCAGUAACGCCUUCAAUUUGACGCCUUCGGCGCUCAACUUUGUGUCACCGUACAAGCGGCCGCUCUCGCUGACUGCUCCCACCAUUAUACGCCGCGACGGACAGCUCCACCUCGUAAUUGGGGCGGCGGGUGGAUCGCGCAUUGUGACUGCGGUGCUUCAGGCCAUCAUUCGCAGCAUUUACCAAAACAUGCCUCUCAUUGACACUAUUGCCUAUCCGCGCUUGCACCACCAGCUCGUGCCUGAAUGUAUCAUGGCAGAAAACAGCACUAUGCUCGACGAAGAGUUUGGCACGGCUGUAGUUCAGAACCUUCACGCCAUGAACCACUCAUUUUUAGAUACGGGUGCCCUCACUGCCAUGAACGCCAUCAAGCGCACCGAGGACGGAGGUUGGGAAGGUGUAGCCGAUUUCUGGCGCAAACGGGGAGGUGCCGACGGCUAUUAA